UUACAUACAUUUGAAAAAAAAAAAAAACAAAAUUAGUAUACCUUCAUCUUUUAGUGGUGGCUAAAAAUAUGUAUACAUUUGUUUUAGAAAUGUGUCUGCUUCUUUUUAACAAACUAAGUUAAAUAUUCUUUUGUAUCAUAUUUCUAUUACGCAGGAAGGUGCUACUAAUCUAUUUAAUUUUCUCUUUUUGACAAAUUUUUGCAAAUUCUAGAAAAAUCUGGGUUUCAAAUAUGUUGUUAGAUGUCUGAUUUAAUUUUCUAUUAUUUUCAACAGAGAGCGUAACUACUUUCCGUAGUUAUUGGGCUGAGAAAACAUUAGUCGACUAUUUUAACCUACAUCCGUUCGUCUUAAGAAAUUUUAAAAGAUUUAGAUCUGAGCAGUUUUCUCAGCAGUCUUCUGUUUCAUUAAUCCUUUGUGUAGCAACUGAAAGUACUUAAAAAUACGUCAUUCAAUUUUGUCAAUUUUGUGAGAAAGUUUUUCAUUCGCUAUUAUAAACAAAUUUGAGAAAGAGCUACAAUUCCUCAAAAGUUAACGGAAUUUAAAAAUACGAAAUAUUAAACGAAGAAAAUUAAGUACAAUACCCGUGUAUAGGCUAGCGGCUGUUUUUGGAAGAACUCAAUCAACUCAUUUUAGCAAAAUUUGCUUUGUGUGCGAAACGCACGCAAUGCAUCAAAUCGUAUAAAUUUUCGAUUUUGUUUUUAAGCUGCAAUUUUGUUCUGUUAAUCUGUUUUCAAUUGUGGUGAGCAAUUCAAUCGCAAAGAAACCGGAGAAGUUGCAGGAGGACGAUAGCCAAUAUAAAAACUCCCAAGGAAAGAAACGCACAAAUUUAGAAUUCAGUUUUGAAAGGUAACGAUCAUCAUCACAUCAUGGCUAAUAUGGCAGCAUCCCGCAUAAAGCGAGAAUUUAAAGAAGUGAUGCGCAGUGAAGAAAUAGCACAAUGCGCCAUUAAAAUAGAAUUGGUUAAUGAUAAUUGGACCGAAUUCCGUGGUGAAAUAGUAGGGCCACCUGAUACGCCGUACGAAGGUGGCACAUUUAUACUGGAAAUCAAAGUGCCUGAAACGUAUCCAUUUAAUCCGCCAAAGAUACGCUUUGCUACUAGGAUAUGGCAUCCUAACAUAUCAUCAGUUACUGGAGCUAUUUGUUUGGACAUUUUAAAAGAUAAUUGGGCGGCUGCUAUGACUUUACGUACAGUACUAUUAUCGCUGCAAGCUUUACUAGCUGCUGCCGAGCCUGACGAUCCUCAGGAUGCAGUCGUGGCAUAUCAGUAUAGAGAUAAACCUCAAAUUUUUCAGAUAACUGCUCGUCAUUGGUCUAAUGUUUAUGCCGGAGGUCCACAUAAGUAUCCCGAAUGUGACGAAAAAGUCCAAUAUUUGCGGGACAUGGGGAUUAAUGAACAUGAUGCUCGCGUAGCUCUCUCAAAAGAAAACUGGGAUUUGGAGAAAGCCUCUGAAGGCCUUUUUAGUUAGCUCCCUUGCAAGGGACAAAAAACCAACAUCAGAAUUUUUGACCACAGCUAUUGCGGUCCUCAAGUAAUGGUUUGUUUAUAAUUGAUUUUUAAAACUAUAUUUUGUGUCCUAUAUUUGUACUCUUUUUUUUUUUUUUAAUGUUUACCAAGAUUUGUACUUUCACAUACAACCCUACCACAUUCUUUUUUUUUCACCCGAUUUUUUAUUCUUUUACUAAGAAUUUAUUUUCGAGUUUGUUAUAAUUAAAUUUCCGCAUCAUCACAAAUCUUCUACAUAAAUCUAAAUUAUAUUAACAGCAAAAAAAUUAAUGAGUUAAAAAUUCCCGUUUUACUUUAAUAAACAGAAAGGAGAGAUGAAAAAUUACUUAUUUAGAUUACUUUAUAUACUUCCUAAAGGAAAGAAAAAAUAUGUAAAAAUGCUUUGGUUAAGUAUAAUUGAGUUUUGUAAUAAAAAUAUCCUCUUACAUGUUUUUAAUUGCCAAAAUCAUUGCCUGGAAAGCAAGUGAUCUAUUAGAUACUCUAGAGAUAUCGCGUUGGGGCUUCAUGUAGAUGGGCAAGAAGCGGCUAACUGAUUUCCAACAGUCUGGACGGACGAGCAGAGAAAAAUUCUUUCUCCGGUUCCGAAACCGAGUGUUCUGCAAAAUGCAGAAAUUUUGUAUGUCGUCGAAAAGGUCGAGCACACAACAUAAGGUGCACUCGGAAAACCGCUAGAUGUGGUGGAGCUAGUUGACAAAUCUGUGGUGCUUUUUCGCUGUAUACUAGUGCCCACUAUGGCGAUGAACGACAAAUUGGGAAAACCCCUAUAUGUGGGCAAUUAAAACGGUACAAAUGCUUGCGAUAUUAUGCUGCUAAGCUGAAUUUUCAUGCGCAACAGGACUAUAAAGCGUUCGCUAACGAUUAUAAAUGAUCGAUUUUGGAAAGUAAAACAUUAGUAUUUAACUAAUGGUUUGUGUAAACAUAAUCAUUGUUGAUAUUUCAGAAGAAGCUAAUCUUUGAUAAUACAAAAGUAAAAUCUUUUCGUCUGUCAAUUUUUAAUUGUUUCGGUGAUUUUGUGUGUUUAGUUCGUGUCUUCUCAGCGUUUUUGUUAAAACUGGUUAUCGCGGAUAUGCUUUUGUUUCGUCCAUAUGUAAUAAAAAAAUAAAAAAAACAAAAAACAAAAAAAUAAAAA